CAUCAUGACAGACAGUAGUAUGAGUGUGUAUUGCAAAUUUCCAUCCUGACUGUCACGUAUGCAUCCUUGAAAUGAUGAGACUUCAUACUCCCCAGGCUGCUCUAUCAUCUUGAAAUCUGAGCAGUAGCAUCCAGUCACCAUGUUUGUGCAAGGUCAGACAGGAGGUGAAAAUGUGCCCCCUGUCAAUGUGCCUGUGACACCGGUAUAUACCAUUGGCUGUCAUCCAAACAAUGAAGUUUACACCACACCACCUGGUUAUGUACCACAUCAGGUACCAAUGACAAUGCCAGUCAUACAAAGACCUCCUGGUUGCCCACCAGGGCUGGAGUACCUGACCCAGGUGGACCAGCUUCUGGUACAACAAAAAAUGGAAAUAAUGGAAGUUCUUACGGGAUGGGAGACCAAUAAUCAAUAUGUGGUAAAAAACAGUUUAGGGCAACAGGUGUUCUUAGCGGCAGAGGAUAGCGACUUUUGUACACGUAUGUUGUGUGGACCAAUGCGCUCCUUCAUGCUUCAUAUCCAAGAUAACAUGGGACAAGAAGUCAUGACUUUAUCACGUCCCCUUAACUGCAGUAGCUGUUUAUUUCCUUGUUGCCUGCAAGAGCUUGAGGUUCAGAGCCCUCCUGGCAACCCUAUUGGUUAUGUAAUCCAAAUCUGGCAUCCUUACCUGCCAAAGUUUCUCAUUCAGAAUGAGAGAAAAGAACCAGUUCUGAGGAUUGUGGGGCCAUUCUGUGACUGCAAAUGUUGUUCUGAUGUUAAUUUUGAGGUGAUGUCACUGGAUGAGACCUCAGUGAUUGGUCGAAUUAGCAAACAGUGGACGGGGUUUGAGGCAGAAGCAUUUACUGAUGCAGACAACUUUGGCCUUCAAUUUCCAAUGGAUUUGGAUGUGAAAAUAAAGGCAGUUAUAUUAGGAGCCUGCUUUCUUAUUGAUUUUAUGUAUUUUGAGCACACCCAAAGGCAAGAAUAAAAUCAUCCAGGAGCCUGCGGUUUCCCCAUUUGAUAUCAUUAUAUUUCUUCUUUAAAAAUGUGUUGGUCUUUUAAGUAUCACAUCUGAAAACUGAGAAAAGCAUGCAUAAAAGGUUUACAGAAAUCUAUGAUGUUUCUGCGUCUUCUGUCCUUAUUCCCACCAUUUGCAUUUAUUUACAUAACUAUUUAUCAUAGUAAAGUAUCUUGUAAACUUUUUCUGUAUGUUUUUUCCGCUGCCCCACCUAAUUUGCUUCGUUGGGGUGUGUCAUUAUAAACAACACUAGUGUGAAUAUGUCUCUGUACUGAAUAUCUUUUCUAUCAUAGUUUCAAUUAAAAAAUGUUGAUUGGGAAACCUACAGUCUUAUUUAAGUACAGCAAACCUGUGAAUUGUCACUUUAUCAGUGACAUUUUUAUCUGUCCACUUUAUCAGUGGACUAUUUUUAGUCAUUCAUGUGCUGCACAGUCGAGCUGCCUGACCUCCAGUCCUUCUCCUAAAGUGGGCAACAAAUUUCACUAU